CGUCCUGCAGUUGUGCAGGUGUCGCUCCCUGCUAGUCGGGAAGCCACAGGAGGAGGAGUUUAAGGAAGAAUCCCGGCCGCGUCCCUUCUCGGCGUUCGAAGCCGCGCCAUGCUUGCCCUCGGAAAGAGCCUGACUAAGGUUCUGGCCGCUCGGACCCUGGCGCCUCAGGUGUGUUCAUCUUUUGCUACAGGCCCCAGACAAUACGAUGGAACAUUCUAUGAGUUUCUUACUUAUUGCGUUAAACCUUCAAAGAUGAAUGAGUUUCUGGAAAAUGUUAAGAAAAACAUACAUCUUCAGACAGCUCACUCUGAACUGGUUGGAUUCUGGAGUGUAGAACUUGGAGGCAGGAUCAAUAAAGUGUUUCAUAUUUGGAAGUAUGACAAUUUUGCUCAUCAAACUGAAGUUCGGAAAGCCUUGGCCAAUGAUAAGGAAUGGCGAGAACAAUUACUCAUUCCAAUUAUGGGUCUCACUGAUAAACAAGAGAGUGAAGUUACUUAUCUGGUGCCAUGGUGCAAAUUAGAAAAACCACCCAAAGAAGGAGUCUACGAGCUGGUAACUUUUCAGAUGAAACCUGGUGGGCCAGCUCUGUGGGGUGACGCAUUUAAAAGAGCAAUUAAUGCCCAUGUCGAGCUAGGCUACUCAAAACUAAUUGGAGUUUUCCAUACAGAAUAUGGAGCACUCAACAGAGUCCAUGUUCUUUGGUGGAACGAGAGUGCGGAUAGCCGAGCAGCUGGGAGACACCAGUCUCACGAGGAUCCCAGAGUUGUGGCAGCUGUUCGGGAAAGUGUCAAUUACCUAGUGUCUCAGCAAAAUAUGCUUCUGAUUCCUACGUCAUAUUCACCAUUGAAAUAGUUUUCCACGGAAAUACAAAGCAUUGCAUGAACUGCCAUAAGAUGUGUCUGUUAAUGGUGCUUCAAUUCUUCCAAGAGAUUCUCACUUUGAUUUGAAGGAGGUGGUAAGCUAAUUUGCUACGUCCCUUGCAUUUUUUAAAAGCUACUCUGUAUCCACUGUCACCACCACUUCAGGAAACAGUCUGUUCAUUUUCCCCUUGGUAUUUCAGUAUCUGUCACACAUUAAAAAUAGUUGCCAUUACUACAGUAUCUUGAUUUUUCAUUUGUUUCAGAAUAUCUCUUGUUCUCUAUUUUGACAACCCUCUGCUGUUAUACCAUUUUCUGACAUACAAAUGAUUGUUACAUUUCCAUACCUGUGACAGUAUAGUUAAAUUAUAUGCAUAAACUAUCAACCUUUUCAUGUCUUUUUCUGAGAUUAUAAAAGUUUUUGUUCAGUAAGGUUUUCUAUGUAAUACCAAUUGGGAUCCAUAAAAAAAUCCAUUAAACGUUUCUUUACUACAGAAAAGUACAGUAUCAUCUGUGUCAUUUAUGUUAAUAAUGGUUUUUACAAUAAUAAUUAAUCAAUUACUUGGAAAAUAAUGUUAUUAGGUCCUGGGAUUAAAGCACAUUGAUAACUCAUUGGUUUAUGUGCUUGCAGUGUCUUCAUUUACAGUUAAUUUUACUAAUUUUUACUUCAUUUUGGAUCACUGUUUAAUAAAGAUACUUGGUCAUCUAAUUGGUUUUUUUUAAAUUGAAGUAUAGUUGAUUUUCAGUGUUGUGUUAGGUCAUCUAUUUGUUUUAAUGAGGUUUAUAAUUAUGGAAAUGUCUGCCCUAAUAAAAGCCUAUAUAUACAAUCUGA